CCAUACCCUAAGCAGUUCACCAGAUGGUGAAGUGAAUUACACCACUAAGAACCCUGAGUGUGACACCAUAAUGAAUAUCAUUUGUUGGGAAGCUGCAUUCUCUGGGGCAGCUGGCAGAGAUGAAGAUAGGUAUGAGGAAUCAGGGACAUCGCCCCUCAGCACACCUGUUGCGCCCAAGCGCCCCAGGGUUUCCAUUUCUCCUCUAGGGCGUAGGUCGUCCUCCGCCAUGCCGCGGUCCGACUCACCAUUUUCAGCAGCUAGCCAAAGUCCAGCAGCCCAGCAGCUGAGCAGCUCAACAGCUAAUGACAUCUCUGAACUAACAUCUGAAAUUACAAGGCUCUCUGAGUCAGUGGAAAGAAGCACCAAUCUGGUUCUUGAAUUGCAAAGAACUCUUGAGAACAGUAUUGUGCAGAUGCUUGAUGCACCGAUUAAUGCAGAUGAAAUUUUAAAUGAAUUGGGAGCAGGCCAACCAGAGAAUGUAGAUGAACAUGAACAAGAACAAGAAUUCUUGUGAGUCAGGAUUUAUUUGCUCCACACACUUGUUUACUGAUGUUUUGUGAACUUUCGAAGUCAGUCGGAAAUUAGUUCAAUAUUUGUACUGUGAAUUGCUAUUUAUUGUUUCACAUAAGAUAA